AUGGGAAUCUAUGCCAGUCACUUCCAAAAGAACGAUGGUCAGAUCCUUACGGCAAUUACAGAUCCAUCUCAAGCCAACUGGAUUGCGAUCCACGCCGAGACCUGCAAAAUGCCAGUGCCGGAGGUUCGAAGAUGCUGGAGUAGGUUCCUUAUGUUGCAGCCGGACCAGAAGGGGAACUUGCCUCGAAUGCGCCUCCUGCAAACCAGCAGUCCUUUUGGCCAGAAGUUGUUAAAGCAAAUUCCGGUCACGGAUGAUGACCAGUUAACAUUCCAGACUUACUGUAAUGCUGUGUCCUGGCUAUCUAAAAGCAGCUUGGAGACCAAAGUAAAAGGACUAUACCAAACAUUAUUCUCUGGCAUUAUUGGCAGGGAACAACUCAGAGGUUUGCUGCAUGACUUAUAUCCUUUGCAAAGUUGCAGUGCCGUUGAUGAACUUUCUGCUGCUUUCCUCAAGGAAGUGGAUAAAGACAAUCAAGGGUAUAUCUCUGAAGAUAUGUUUGUUGCCUGGGUUCUAUCCUUUUCAGAAGAAAUAGUCAAAUCUACGCUAGAUUUUCCAAUAAUACCUCCAAAUCUGACACAAAUUGAGCAUCCUACUUCUUAUCUGAGUAUCACCGCAAAUACUCAGGAUAAAGAAGGACUGAGUGACCUGCAACUUGUUAAGGUGGCCACAGAGAUAGCCACAAGAAAAAGAAACUGGAGGCUUCUUGCUAGUAAGCUUGGCAUUACAGAGAAGGACAACUUCCAUUUGGUGAAUGAGCAUGGGAAAACAAAGGAACAAAUCCUGAAAAUGUUACUGAGCUGGCACAGAGCAUGUCAAGGAGCUCCUCUUCCUAUACUUCAAGCAGCCCUGCAAGAAAGUGGCAAUGUAGACAUUUGUAACGAAGUGUUCCACUUGAGCUUUUAA